AUGUCCGACACUGAACUCAAGUCGUCUCCAAUGCAGAAUUAUACACUUAUCGAACGUGAAGCACAAGCAGAAGAAGAUUCCUCCGUCUCAGCUCGCAUGCAACGGCUGGAAAAACAAUAUGCCGAAACGGGAAUGCGUCGAUCUGUAGAAGGUGUCAUGGUGGUUAUGGAACAUGGAUUUCCGCAUGUUUUGGUGUUGCAAGUUGCCAAUGGGUUUUACAAGCUACCCGGAGGAUACCUAGACCCAACUGAACCAGAUGGAGAAGGUCUUUUAGCUAGGAUGAACGAACAACUCGGUGUUCCCUUACCUGACGGAGGCUACGUCCGUUCGAAAGAUGGGAAAGAUUGGACGGUAGGGGAAUGUCUUAGUAUUUGGUGGAGACCGAAUUUUGAUACUUUCUCUUAUCCAUACCUCCCCGCUCAUGUGUCUUUCCCGAAGGAGUGUAGGAAGCUUUACAUGGUCAAUCUUCCGGUAAAGAAAACACUCGCCAUUCCAGCGAAUAUGAAACUCAUCGCUCUUCCAGUUUACGAAUUCUACGACAAUGCGUCUCGUUGGGGACCUCAGCUUGCGGGUUUACCAUACAUCAUGUCAAAAUACUGGAUGCAACAGCAUUCGGAUGUUGUCAACUAUGCCGCUGCGUAUGCUGCAUUCGAGACCAAGUGCGCUCAAGUCUGA